UACAUGGACGGAGUGAUAAUAUUAAUAGAUCACAAAGGGCCAUUUAAGCGCCGUUGACUGCGUGACUGAAAGAAUCCCCAAACUGCCAAACCUAAUAGCUUAGCCUAGCUUCUACUCUGUUUCUGCGCCGUCAACUGCAAAUUCAGCCAUUGCUAAAGGCUAUCGGGUGUCUCCUUGAUAUAAAUCGAAGGAUAUGGCUUCCAAUGAUGCUAAGAAAACUAAUGUUGGUGCCAAGAGUGGAGGGAAAAAGAAGGAGGUGAAAAAAGAGACUGGGCUUGGGCUUUUCUACAAGAAGGGUGAGAAUUUUGGGGAAUGGUACUCCGAGGUGGUCGUUAGUGGUGAAAUGAUCGAAUAUUAUGAUAUCUCUGGUUGUUAUAUUUUGAGGCCAUGGACAAUGUCAAUAUGGGAAACCAUGCAAGCCUUUUUUGAUGGUGAAAUAAAGAAGAUGAAGAUAAAAAAUUGCUAUUUCCCUCUUUUUGUUUCUCCGGGUGUCUUGCAGCGAGAAAAAGAUCACAUUGAGGGGUUUGCCCCUGAGGUUGCUUGGGUUACAAAAUCUGGAGAAUCUGAGUUAGAAGUGCCCAUUGCUAUUCGUCCUACAAGUGAGACUGUUAUGUAUCCAUAUUACUCGAAAUGGAUAAGAGGGCACCGUGACUUGCCAUUAAAGCUAAACCAAUGGUGUAAUGUUGUUCGAUGGGAGUUCAGUCAUCCUACUCCAUUCAUUAGGAGUCGAGAGUUUCUUUGGCAAGAAGGGCAUACAGCUUUUGCAACAAAGGCAGAGGCUGAUGCUGAGGUCCUUGAGAUAUUGGAACUAUAUAGACGAAUAUAUGAAGAAUAUCUGGCAAUACCUGUUGUGAAGGGUAAGAAGAGUGAGCUAGAGAAAUUUGCUGGUGGCCUUUAUACGACAAGUGUUGAGGCCUUCAUCCCAAACACUGGGCGAGGUAUACAAGGUGCCACAUCACAUUGCUUGGGUCAAAAUUUUGCUAAAAUGUUUGAGAUAAAUUUUGAGAAUGAGAAGGGAGAAAAGUCUAUGGUUUGGCAAAAUUCUUGGGCAUAUAGUACUCGAACGAUUGGGGUGAUGGUGAUGGUUCAUGGGGAUGACAAGGGCUUAGUGCUGCCGCCUAAAGUGGCAUCCAUCCAAGUUAUUGUGAUUCCAGUGCCUUAUAAAGAUGUUGACACACAAAAGAUUAUAGAGUUCUGCAAAACAACAGUUGCUACCUUGAGUGAAGCUGGUUUAUGUGUUGAGGCAGAUUUUAGAGAUAACUAUUCACCUGGUUGGAAGUACUCGCAUUGGGAAAUGAAAGGUGUUCCCCUGAGAAUUGAAAUUGGACCCAAAGACUUGGCUAAUAAUCAGGUACGUGCUGUUCGCCGUGACAAUUCAGCAAAAGUGGAUGUCCCUGUGAAUGAUGAGUUGGCUGAGCGAGUCAAUGGCAUGUUAGCUGAUAUUCAACAAAGUUUGUUUGAUGCUGCAAAGCAAAAACGAGAUGCUUGUAUUAAGGUUGUAAAGACAUGGGAUGAAUUCGUGGAAGCACUUAACCAAAAGAAAAUGAUCUUAGCUCCUUGGUGCAAUGAGGAGGAAGUAGAGAAGGAUGUGAAAGCAAGAACAAAAGGUGAGAUGGGAGCUGCCAAGACACUUUGCUCUCCGUUUGACCAGCCAGAACUUCAUCCAGGGACUCUUUGCUUUGCCUCUGGUAAGCCUGCAAAGAAGUGGACCUACUGGGGCAGGAGUUACUAAUCAGAUGCUAAUGUGAUUGCCUUCCUUCCUCUCUAAAUUUUUAUAUUUUAGACUGUCUACCCCUUGAUGUUUUUUGGCUUCAAAAGGGAAUCCUUUGAUUGUGGAGUUACUAGAGUGGCUUGUGUGAUGCCCCACAGUUAUGAUAUUUAAAAUGUUGCAUGCUUUGAAUGUGUUACCUAUUUGGGUCCAUACCUUUUAAAAAAUGAGUGAGAAUAUUGCGCAUGAUGUUCAAUGUGUGAAAUGAAAUGCAUUAUUUAA